UGGAUUGCACUUCUCUCUGGGACUGUUUUGCUUUGUCAGUUGUCAGGUGAACGAGUCUCGGAGAUGAUCAAGACGACGUCCUCGCGGCACAAGCAGCGAUCGUACAGAGUGCCAGGCGGCGGAUUGUCACACGAGGACGCAAACGAAACUGGUGAUGAUGACUCGAGACUCGGUGCCCAGCCAUCAUCAUCAUCAAGUCAUGCAAGUGCUGCAGGCCCAGCAGAUGCCAAGACAGAGAGCAAGAAGGAGCCGGCGAGCGCUGUUGACGCACAAGUUCAAGCCAAGAACACCAGCCCAGCCACCGAAGCGCACCCUCUGCUGCCGGACAACCACGAGCUAUGGACGCGUGCAUGGUUUGGAUCUGCAUCUAAGAGUGGUGCUGCCCCGGUUGCCGCUGAGCGGGUGCCGGUCGCGAUUCGCAACGUCCCUGCAGCUGGAAAUGGACUGUUUGCCACGCGCGCCAUCGCUCCAGGCGAGUGCAUCUUCACAGAGCCGCCUAUUGCAGUGGCAUACGAUGCAGACCAGCUCGAUCUCUACUGCCAUCGCUGUGGGCUCAUGGCGCGCAACCAAUCGUCAGCUUUGGGCGUCGUGUCUCAGAGCGACGAGCCGUAUCUUUCCGAGUUUGAGUGCGCCGCGGUCACCCCGUGCGAGCGAUGCAAGUAUGCACACUAUUGCUCGACGGAUUGCCAGCGGACCGACGCGACACGACACCAGCCAAUGUGCGACGCGCUGUGUCGCAUUGCACCUCGCGUUCCGCAGCGGUCAGUCAUGCUGGUGUGCACCAUGCUCUGGCAGCACCAGCGCGAACAGCAACAACAGCAACAGCAACAGACCUCAUCAGCAGCUGCAGCACCUCAAUUGCUCGCGCACAGUGCUCCCGUAUCCGUGAAUGAAGCACUGCUACGGCUGCAAACGCACCGCGACAAACUCUCCGUCAAGGAGGCAGAGGAAAUUGCAUCUGGAACCUUCCUUGUUCGUCACAUUUUAUCAUCUGCAUCCAACCAAGUCGUCAUUGACAAUCUGGGCGCUGGCAAGUCGAGUGGGGCGUCAAAGUCGGCCAUCUCGAAACCACAGGAGCAGUACGACGACGACGACGACGACGACGACGAAUGGGUGGACGCCUUACGUGCCCAGCACGAUGCCACUCAUGCGGAGGCUGCAGCAUCCUUCCAUCUGUCCUCGCGACUUGACGAUGCCCCGUUUCUGGAAAGUUCCUCCGGCUCAACCAAUUCCGCUUCUGCACCAACAGACAGCUCGGACAAUGCGUUUGCUCCCGAGAUGGCAUUCAAUCUCGCGUGCCUCGCGCGGAGCAACGGGUUUGCCAUGGAUGGCGGCGUGUUUGUGGCUGGACGAGCAAGUCUGCUCAACCACUCCUGUCUGUCCAACUGCACCGUCAGUCUUCGCGCCAAUCGGGUUGUUGUGCGCGCGCAUUCACGCAUCGCGGAGGGUCAAGAGUUGCUCGUGUCCUACCGGGAUUUGCUGCAGGCACGGGUGCAAUGGCAGGCGCAGGUGGAACGUGGCUACCACUUUGCCUGCUCAUGCCUUCGGUGUACAGCCCCGCUCGAUCUGACCCACCCUUUUGGCCAGUUCGAUGCAAGCUUGGUUGCUCUUGAAUUUCGUGGCAAAACCCCGCCCUCCCCCGAGCAACUCGCAGCCGAAGUCAAGCGCAAUCCGGCUUUGCUGCCCUCCGGCAAACCGCGACUGCUGCUCGAUCCAGCCAUGCACGCCCCUGAAGUAUUGGACUUCCAGCAGCGCCUUGCGUCCAUUACCAGCUCCAUGAUUGAAAAGGGAGACCAUCUCGCGGCGGUGAGCGCUCUGACACAAUUGCUGCUCGAGUGCGACCCGAAAGCCACCUCCAGCUCAAAGUCCCCUCCUGCCAAGACCGGGCUGGCAUUGUCCCGCACCCACCAUCUCAUGAUUUCUGCAAAGCGAAAACUUGCCAUGAGCGCCAUGCGCAGCCAGCUCCCGCAAAGGUUUGAUCUUGCCGUCCAGCAGUUUCGCCACAUUUUUGCACCAACCAGCCUUGUCGCGCUGCUUCCUGCGCCUGCAGUCGUUGACCCGAUGGAGGAAUAUGUGCACGCCCUCUUUGGGGCGCUCGAGUGGCGAGCAGAGCACUUUCAGCUCUCGGGCGCCCAAAUCGGCAAUUUCGACCCGAGUGUCGCCGCGUCUCGCACUUCAAACCCCUCCUGCAGCAACCUUGACGAGCUCUACGUCAUUGCUCGCGAGGCGUAUCAUUUUGCCCGGCGCCUCGGAACGCUGAGCGCACAUACUUUGGGCAAGCAAUCUUCGCGCCUCGCGUCCGCGCACCUCGUCGAGCGCAACGCCGAAAUCGUCCUGUCUCACCUGCUGCAGUCGGGAUUCGUCCCGUCCGCAAAGUCACAAGAUGCCACAUUGCGCUAUUGAAGUGGUGGCCGG